AUGAUCAACGGUGUCGUUGGUGGGCUGGCUCAUCCCCUUAUUCAUAUCGGUUACGCGUUCGAAUUGGAUAGUCGAAUAGUAGCUGGUGAAGCACUGACACUGAGUGCCGUGUCUUAUAACUACUUUCACGAAGUAAUCGACAAGCUGAAACCGCCGAAAUCUGGCUCGAAAUCGGCUCUGACAAUCUUCCAAGAUCUUCGUUCAGAUGAUCGACUGCCACUACUCGAUGCGCCAGGUGUCAGCAAUCUGGAGCCUAGCGUAAAAAAAUCAACCGAUCUGGUUUUGUCUCAUUACGACCAAUGGCUCAUGAAUAUGAAUAAUCUUGAAGCGACAAUUGAAGAACUAUUCGACUUGACCGUUUAUCUCUAUGGCGCUACACACAAACCCGAUCAGAUCGACUUCGAUUUCUUUCUUCUCCAUCUGCUCACAGCCAUGCAUGCGAUUCGUAUGAUUUAUCCACAUUUGAAUGAUCGACACCUCGCUGAACAUAUUCUUUUGCAAUUCUUCUACUUCGCCAGCAUCCUCUACAUUGCUCAACUUCGACCUCAGAUCAAUAAAACACUGAUCCACGAUUACAAACUUGAUGAUAGCAAACACAAUUGGGACUAUGUGAUCGAACGAACAGUGAAUACCAACUUGGCCGCACAUUGCCAUUUGGUGAAAGUUGUGCGCGCUCUGAGAGAUGCAGAAGCUGUUUAUGGCGUCAAAGAUGGACUUUACUUGAAAACGGCGGUCAAAACUAUCGACAACGUUAAUACAGACAACAUGUGGGUAGGAGGACCCACGAAUCCUCGCCAGUUGAAUGUACUCAAACGCGAAUAG